CAAAGGGACAAAAAGAGUUAGCAAGGCAAAGGAGAAAAAAAAAGAUGGCAGAAUUCAUAGAGUCAAAGUUGGAAAUAGUGAUGUUCCCAUGGCUUGCUUUUGGUCACUUAAUCCCAUACAUGAAUCUGUCAAAUGAACUUGCAAAAAGAGGUCACAAAAUCUCAUUCUUGUUGCCCAAAAAUGCAGAAAUUAGACUUCAAAAACUCAAUCUUUAUCCAAAUCUCAUCAAAUUGCAUAAACUGACAAUACCUCAUGUUGAUGGCCUUCCAUAUGGAGCAGAGACUACAGCUGAUGUUCAUAGAUCCUUGGAGAGUCUAUUAGCAACAGCNCUUGUCUACCCUCCACCCAUCCUUGAUCAACUAGAUGAGCUUGGUUCAGACUUUGGACCCUUUUCCCUUCUUGAAAAGAAACAGUUUCAACAACUUGUUUUAGGCUUUGAACUGACUGAGUUACCGUUUCUUUUAGUUGUUAAGCCACCUGAAGGGACAAAUUCAGUAGAAGAAGCCUUGCCAGAGGGAUUCAAACAAAGGGUUCAAGAAAAGGGACUGAUUCUUGAUUGUUGGGUGCCACAAUUGGAGAUUUUAAGACACAAAUCAGUUGGUUGUUUCGUCACUCACUGUGGUUAUGGGUCGAUGUGGGAGGCUUUGGUGCUGUGUGAUUGUCAAUUGGUACUUUUGCCAAGGCCUAUUGAUCACAUUUUUACUGCUAGGUUUAUGGAACAACACCUUAAGGUUGGUGUAGAAGUGGAGCAGGAUGAAAAUGAUUUGUUUACAAAGGAGAAUUUGUGCAAUGCUGUGAAAUGUGUGAUGGAUAAA